AUGACAUCACACUUUGUACGUUUGUUGGUGUUUGUUGAACCGGAUCGUGGCGAUAACUGUCCACUUCUUCCCCUCGACGCUUUGAACCUCACAUCCACUUUAUCGCCAACUCCAAUCUGCCAGAAUUAUAACAUAUCCAAAGUCAUGGAUCCUCGCCCCUAUCAUAUUUUGAGCUACGGUACUCUUUUGGGGACACAGUUCUAUCAGUCCUUUGUCGGAGGCUUCGUUGCUUUCCGCGCCCUUCCACGGCCCCAGUUCUCUAGUCUGCAGACCGCCAUCUUCCCCAUCUACUUCUCGCUGCAAACUGCGCUGCCUGUAGUGGUCGCCUUGACCGCUUCCCAUGGUGGACAGGUAUUGGGCCUGUCUGGCCUAGCUGCACCUGAGAACCGUUUUGAUACCCUUUUGCCCCUGGCAACUGUGGCAGUGACCGGAUUGGUGAACAUGUUUGUGUUGCGUCCCAUGACAAUCAAUGUGAUGCGCGAGCGCAAGCAUCAAGAAUCCCGUGAUGGAAAGAGAAGCUACGAUCCCGCGCCUCACUCUAAGGAGAUGCUGGCCUUGAACAAGAAGUUUGGCCGCGUGCAUGGCAUCUCAAGCUUGGUCAAUUUGGCCAGCCUGGUUGCUACAGUUUGGUACGGUGUCGUACUAAGCAAGAGACUUGAGUAA